UAUGACGACAUUUGACGACCUUUUAAGAAGGGUGAAUGAAGAUUUAAAAAAGCGUGACACAAAUAUGAGAAAAAGCAUCACACCUGAAGAAAAGUUAGCAAUAUGUUUAAGGUACUUGGCAUCUGGGUGUUCAUACAUGGAUUUACAUUACACAUAUCGAGUGGGAGUCUCAACAAUCAACUCAAUAAUAAUAGAAGUAACAAAUGUUAUAUGGAAUAAGUUGCAUCAGGAGUUUAUGAAAUUGCCCGACACAAAAUAUGAGUGGGAACAAAUUGCUGACGCAUUUUAUAAUAAAGCUAAUUUUCCUCACUGCAUUGGUGCAGUUGAUGGAAAGCACAUAAGAAUGAAGAAACCAAGUCACAGCGGUUCUAUGUACAUGAAUUACAAGAAUUUUUUUUCCAUUGUAUUGCUAGCGGUAGUGGAUUCGAAUUAUAGAUUCAUCUAUAUCAGCGUAGGCUCUUAUGGCAAAGAAUGUGACUCCUCUAUAUUCAAAGAAUGUACUUUCUGGAUAAGAUUAAAUGAUGGCAGUUUAGAUUUACCAGCUUCUGGUCCUUUACCAGGUUUGGAAUCACGUGUUCCAUUUGUGAUAGUGGGUGAUGAAGCAUUUGGUUUGCAUUAUAAUCUGUUAAGACCCUAUGGAGGAACUCAUUUAGAUAAAAAUAAAAGGAUAUUUAACUAUCGAUUAACAAGAGCCAGACGUUAUGUGGAGUGCGCGUUUGGAAUAUUGGCAAAUAAAUGGCGAAUAUUUCAUCGUCCAUUGGACGUAAGCACCAGUACAGCUAUCUCGAUAGUUAAAACUUGCGCUGUGCUUCAUAACUAUAUCAUGCACAAUGAAAGUUCAUAUGCGAACAUUGACAGCAACAGUUCAACGAUAUCUUUGGAAAACGUACGUAAUGAGCCAAAUACACGAGGCGGACGCUGUGCUAACACAAUACGAACAGAGUUUACAAAUUAUUUUGUUUCUGAAGUGGGAGCUGUACCUUGGCAAGAAGAAGCAAUACAAGGAUAAACGAAAUAAAUAUAAAAACUUACCAUAGAUUUGUCUUUCUUUUUCCUCAAGUUCUUGAAAGUCUUCUCUCAAAACAAUGCAAACUUCGCGCCAUGCUGCAGUUCGCAAGUUGGUAUCUUUAUAAUUUUCCAGCGUCUUAUCCCAUAAUAUAGGCCUAAUUUCUAUUAGUGUAAUAAGAAGUUCGGGAUCAAUAUUUGUUUGCGACAUUUUUCGACGAAACACAACCUUCUCGGCGCCGCGCAAAAGAGCAAUGCGCGAGCGCAACACACGCGAGGGUGACGCGGCGGGCGCGGGGCGGGGGCUGCCACCACUCCACUAUCCCGCAAAAAACAGUGUCCAGCCGAAAAACCGCACGCAGGAAGCCGUGUGAACACCGCUAUUAAAAUAUAUGUGUGAUUAAACGGGAUCCCGCUUUUUACUGGACUUCGGAUCCAGUUUCUAGUGACAAAACCGAACGGCACAAUUCGACCGGAUCGGUUUUUUGCAGGAUCCCGCAUGCGGGAUGCUCGUGUGAACGCUAGCAUAUAAACAUAUUCGCCAUCAAACGGGAUCCUGCAGAAAACGGGAUCCUGUUAAAAACUGGACUGCCGUGUGAAAGGGGUGUGACUGCGGCUGUAAUUUCUGCAUUUAGCUUGGGAGCUUCUAGUAGUAGUAGCUUACAAUUAUUUGGGAUGAGGUAAUCUUUUAACCCUUAAAUGCAUAUUUUUUUAUUUUGUAAAGAAAAAAAUAUUUUUGUGUACAUAUUUGUCGAUUAAUGAUAGGAAAAAUAAUUAAAAAAAUCCCAAUUAAAAAAAUUAUGACUUUAUUCAAAAAAAACAAAAAUGUUGCCUUUUGGCUACAUCAUGCGUUAAACACAUGAACUACCUUAUCAGCACAUAUUAGUAUAGUAUAGCUUAUCAGGAGUGGAAUGCAGCAAAACAGUUUCUGUCUUUAGUAUGGCAGAGUGCAACAUGACAUUUCGUGCACUCUGUACGCGAAAAUCCAUUACAACCAGGGAGUCUGCACCUAUUUUUCUUCAGACAUCUUCCCUCGUUGUGGGCGACACCAUCUGUGCGUACAUCUUUCACAGGCACAGGGUUCAGUGGUUUACGACGAGGUUUUUUGGCUUCCAGUUCUCUUUCAAUAUUGCUCGAUGAUGGUCUUCCUCUCUUUUCCACACUCUUUUUAUAGUUGCACAAAGCCUCUGCUAACUCAGAUCUAAAGUCGCCUAAAGUCAUUUUCUUUGUUUGAUUUGUAUUAUUAGAUUUUUUAUAUAAGACCCAGGAGUUGAUCACCGCCAUAUCAACCAAAUGAUAGAAAAUGCGAAUAUACCAUUUCCUGCUCUUUAUUCUUAUCCUAUAUCUUCCCAAAAAACUGUCCAUCAGGUCGACGCCCCCCAUGUGAGCGUUAUAGUCUUUGAUAAUUUUUGGGCAGGGUAUAGUGACAGUGGUCUUCUCUUUUUUGUCGUACCUUUGAACUGUCUCGGCCGGUUCCGCUCCAACGUAUGUUGAUGCCAAUGUCACCAUUUUGUUGUCCUUCCAUGUUGUUACAGAUAUAUCAACACCUUCAUAAUCAGCCAUUUGCUCCUCAUAUGCUCCGCGAGGUACAGAAUCUUUCAUGAAUGCGUUGGCAGUUGGCAGUUUGCAGUUCUUGCCGAGACGAUUCUAAAACUAUCUAAAACCGAAUCUAAAACGUUGGUUGUUCGAUGGCGCUCACCGAAAACGCUAAAUACUACAGGGGAAUGUAUUUUCAACCAAAACGUUUCGAUGUAGUUUAUAAACUUUUCCAUUCGUUUCAAACUGUGACAUUCUGAUUUUAUAUAAUGAAAUCCUGGUAACACCUCAUCAAGAGGUAGUAGUGGUAAGGCGGCAGUGAGAGCUACUAUUCUCCUUUCAGGUUUAUUUUGCGUAUUCUUCAGGGAUUUCGCCUUUUUCCAAAUAUUGCGCACCCAAUGAUAAUAACAACCUUUUAAAGUAACGUUAGGGAAUACUUUUAAAAUUGCGUUCAUUGCCGCUAUUUCAUAAUCACUGUGAACUUUAUAUGGUUUCCAUCCAGGUAUUUGGGACAGAAUCAUAUUAAACAAAAUUACAUAACUCUUUUCUUUCCGGUCUGACAUAAGUGCAAAUACUAACGGAACGACUUUAGUUGUUCCCGUGGUACUCCUCAUAUCACCAUGAAUAUUAUAUAAUUGAGAGAAGGGUGCUGGACAACUAUAAAAGGUGCCGUCAAUAAAAUAUUCUUUAAUAGUUGGAAUUAAUUUUCGGGAAUCAUUGGAAGAAAAGACUAAUAUACGGGUUUCUUCUCCUGCUUGGUCAUGGUAGUAAUCCGCUAAAAGGAAAUCUUUGAACUGAACUGGUACCUCCACUUCACCAAAACUUUUGAACACUGUCUUUGAUACUUUUGCAAAUUUAUUUCUUGCGUCGUGUAAAAAAUGUUUAACUCCUUCGUAUGGCGGUAAACUCCCCAUUCCUAAAUUUAACCCCUUGUCUGUGAAAUCGUUAUAUUUUUUGUCAUAUACCCUUUGAAUGGGUUCAUCUGAUGACAUUACUUUUUCCCGCAAGUCACAUAUUUCUUUUAGUACUUGAUUUUUAUGUACAUCUACUUCACAGGUAUGCUCUUUUCUUCUAAGGAUUUUCUUAUCCUAAAAUACAUAAAAAUAAUUCUGAACUCUUUCAGCACCAAUCACUGAACUACUUAACGAAAUCAGAGCUAAUUGAUUAGAUUAAGAAUAAGUGGACUAGUGAUACAAGGGGAAUUCAAAUUCUUCAUUGUUUGUCUAUUAUAUUCACAGGACUUAUAACUAGUCUUUAAACAUAUGGCCUUCUCACCUCUGUAAUCGUUACUGUACCGCAACAUUUGGUAGUAAAAUACGACGUACACCUCCAUAUCACUGAACUAUUUUUAUAUUUUUUGUGUCGGUGAUACCUAUAUUUUCCGCAGAGCAAAGCCGUUCCGCCAUUUAUAUUAAUAAAAUCAAGUUCUUCUGAAUCCAUUUUUAAUCAAUAUUAUUGCAAAAGUCACUUAAUAAAUCAGUUUUUAAAUGUCACUUUAAAAUAAAUCGUUUUUUGAAAGGAGUUUUUCACAUUGGCGGACUCAUUUAAUGUCAGCCAGUGUAUAUUUAAUGUAGGUGCUGGGAUAAUAAAAGGAAUAUUGAACUUGAAUUGCAUGAUAAGACUUACAUUAUUGCAACAAAUAGAUAAUAAUAGUUGCGGAAACAAUAAUCAUAGAUAAAUAACCAUACGAGUACUUUGUCACAUCAUUAUGGUGGUAUGGUUUGGGACCCACCCUACCACCAGGGGUAGGGCUAGUGGUAUGGUGGGUCCGCAAUCGGCUCAGAUCUGUACGUAUAUACAGGAUGUUCAUUAUUAGAAAUAAAACAAACAGUCAUAGUUUUAUUAUUUUAUUUUAGAAAUAAAACAAAUAGAAUUAGUUUAGGUUAAGAUUUUUAAUUAAAGGUAGUAGUACUAAAUAAGCUAAAAAUCAUAAUAUAAUAAUUUAUAUUUCUUGUAAUUGCCUAUAAUAAUAAACAAAAAUUAUAAUCAUCAAAAAUUAGACGGGUACUUGCACUUGUACAUAAGUAAAGGUACACAGCCAGGUACUUGACACAUCUAGACAAUACAAUACAAUUGACAUAGCUCGAAAAAUCGCAAACCAUAAGUGGCAGUGGGCAGAGCACAUUGUUCGCAGA